UGACGUCACUUCCGCCGCGUAUCGGGGCGGUGCCAAGAUGGACGCUCUGCGGGCACGGGAGGAGCUCCGGCGGAGGUACCUGUUCACACAGGACGCCGAAGGCCAGCUGAAUAGCGAGGGCGACGCCAGGCCCGAAACCUCUACAGCUGUUGAGAGAAAGGAGAAACCCCUUCCAAGACUUAAUAUCCAUUCUGGAUUCUGGAUUUUGACAUCCAUUGCUGUGACCUAUUAUGUGGAUUUCUUUAAAACUGUCAAAGAAAACAUUUAUACUAGUAGUUGGUUUCUCUUUGGUGGUGCCUUGUUGCUUGUCAGCUUGUCGGUUGCAUUUUACUGUAUAAUCUACCUGGAGUGGUACUGCGGAGUUGAGGAUUACGAUGUCAAGCACCCCUCGCUGAUCCCCAUUACAACCGGUACUUUUAUCGCAGCAGGAAUUUGCUUCAACAUUGCUUUGUGGCCCGUGUGGUCAUUUUUCACUCCGUUGUUGCUGUUUACCCAGUUUAUGGGAGUUGUGAUGCUUAUCUCACUCCUCGGAUGAUGGCUGAAGAUUUCAGCGAAUGCGAAUUGAAAGUGAAUGACUGAACCUCCAGCUAGCUGACAGCAACAGGGACGAAUAACAUCUACACAGCGAAUGGUUUCCUUGGAAAAAUUGUGGCUUCAUACAUCUAUGGCAGAAAUCCGAAUAAAUUAUUUCAUUUGCAUAGUCCUAAACUCAGUUGAUUAUUGAAUUUUUCAGAUGUCUGUGUUUACAGAAGUAACUCUUUUGAAAUGUUAAUUGCUUGAAUCUUUGGAAAAGAAGUGGUGUCAAAGUUUGGCAAAGUUCCAUUAUAGGUGCACAGCGUUCCUCCCCCCGGUAAUGUAAAUUAAUUACUCACUCUUCCAUUUAAGAAGUAGCCGGAAGCUAGUUGACUGUGUGAGA